GGAAUCUGGAAGCGAUGAUGCGGACUGUCGGGGCCGUGGGAGUCGGUGUACUGUGGGCGCUGCUAACCGCCGUGGUGCCGGGCGGCGUGUCGGAGCUGUCGACCCUGGUACAGGAGCCGUUCAAGCCCGAGUCUUCCAUGCUUAAACCGAAGGUUAUGAUCGCCAUCGUGGCUCGUAACGCAGCGCACAGCCUGCCACAUUACCUGGGCUGCAUCGAGAGGCUGGAGUACCCGAAGGAGCGCAUAGCUAUCUGAAGCUCGGGGGAAACAUAGAGAGGGAGAUGACGUGAGACGAGGGUGUCCAGCUGGGCUCACGCCAAAAACGUUGCGGUAACAUAAAACUCCAUCUUUACCCGGCAGCAACAGACCAUAAUGUGGACAACACCACUGCCAUGUUGAGAGAAUGGCUGAAGAGAGCCCAGGGUGUUUACCACUACGUGGAGUGGAGACCCAUGGAGGAGCCGAGGUCCUACACAGAUGAGUGGGGUCCGAAGCACUGGCCUCCGUCCAGGUUCAACCAUGUGAUGAAGCUGAGGCAGGCGGCGCUGAAGGCUGCCAGGGAACGAUGGGCUGACUACAUACUGUUUGUAGACAGUGACAACCUGUUGACCAACCCCCGUGUGCUAAACCUGCUGAUGGCUGAAAACUUGACUGUGGUUGCUCCCAUGUUAGAGUCUCGCUCUCUCUACUCCAACUUCUGGUGUGGCAUCACCCCACAGGGUUACUACAAGCGAACCCCAGACUACCAGCCGAUCAGGGAGUGGAAGCGGCUUGGCUGUUUCGCUGUUCCCAUGGUGCACAGCACCUUCUUAUUGGACCUGCGUCGUGAAUCCAGCAGGGACCUGGCCUUCUACCCUCCUCACCCUGACUACAGCUGGGCAUUUGAUGACAUCAUGGUGUUUGCUUUUUCGGCACGUCAAGCAGGGGUGCAGAUGUAUGUGUGUAACAGAGAACACUACGGUCUCCUGCCGGUCCCUCUCAAAGCACAGCAGAGUGUGGAAGAUGAAAGCGAGAGUUUCAUACACACCAUUACGGAGGCUUUGAUUGACCACGACAUUGAGCCUUCUGAGCACCUGUACUCUUCGCCAUCGCCACAGGACACCAUGGGCUUCGAUAAAAUUUUCCUGAUCAACCUGAAGCGUCGGCUUGACAGAAGAACCAGGAUGUUGAAAACAAUGUCUUCGCUGGGCCUGCAUGCCACGCUGACAGACGCAGUGGACGGCAAGGCUCUCAAUUCGUCCCAGCUGCAGGCGCUUGGAAUAGAGAUGAUGCCGGGCUACAAGGACCCGUACUCUGGUCGAGUCCUGACCCGAGGGGAGAUCGGUUGCUUCCUCAGCCAUCACUCCAUAUGGACACAGGUGGUGGAGCAUGGCCUCCAGAAGGUUCUUGUUUUAGAGGAUGACGUGAGGUUUGAGCCCAGGUUCAAAAGGCGAAUCCAGGCCAUAAUGGAUGACACAGAGAAAACCCAGCUGGACUGGGACCUCAUCUAUGUGGGGCGUAAGCGGAUGCAGGUGCAGCAGCCAGAGCAGUCUGUGGACGGUGUGAACAACCUGGUCAAGGCCGACUACUCCUACUGGACACUCGGCUAUGCGCUGUCCCAGCAAGGCGCCAGGAAGUUACUGGCUGCCGACCCCUUCAAAAAGAUGCUGCCCGUCGACGAAUAUCUGCCCAUUAUGUUCAACAAACACCCAAACACGGAGUUCAUGUCACAUUUUGAGCCGCGGGACCUGAAGGCCUUCUCCGUGGAGCCGCUGCUUAUCUAUCCCACCCACUAUACCGGAGAGCCGGGCUACAUCAGCGACACGGAGACCUCCACCAUCUGGGACGAUGAGGCCGUGGCAACAGACUGGGACCGGCAGCGCGCCCGCAAGACAGCCCAACAGGACAGCAUUCGCCCCGUGGCGCAGAACAGCGUCACUGGAGAUUCGCCGCCUCCUGCAGCUCGAGCCUCACGGGACGAACUCUGAUACAGAGACCUGAGACUCUGAGAGAAAGACUUGUGUUUACUAUGCCAUGUACACACAGUGAAAGUCAUGUGUGCACACACUUGAAAAGACAUUUGAACUAAAUGCUUACAUACUGUUCAUUCACUCACUGACACACACACAAACAAACAAACAAAAACACGCACACGCACGCACACACACACACACACACACACACACACACACACACACACACACACACACACACAUACUGGUGUCCAAGUGGAUGAAAGCAGAGUUAGGAUGUCAUUCUACUCUGCUGCCUGAUGAAGAGGGACACUACAGGAGAGGAAGAAGAGGAGAAUCUAGGACAAGGGCCUAGGCCUUUGACAAAAGCUUUAUUUAUUCCCAAUGUGCCUCCUCUGGGCAUGUGGAGCCAGUUAUUUCCCGAGAAAACUUAAGUAACACAUGGAAGACAGCUAACAUCAUUUGCAGGACGUAAAAGAAAAAAAAGAUUCACACAAAUCAAUUUCUUAUGUUUUUUUUCUAAGAUUGUUAUUUAAAAAGAACAGAUGUGAUGUUUUUUUUAAAUGGGCAGCAAAAGAAUAAAUCCUAAAUUUGUCUGAAAACAACUCCAAAGUGUGCAUGUGAAACUGAAUGCUUACAGAACUGAUCAUGUGUGGGAGGAGGGAGGCUGACUUACUGUACCCAAGAGUGUCACUGCCUUAGAUGAUGUCACUCACUCACUUACUCACACACACACACACACACACACACACACACCCAAACAAACACACACAGAGUACAGCCCUUCUUUACCAAGCAGCAGGGCAGUAAUGGAUGUUAUUAGGCUCAGUGUUUGUCAUUACAGACAUCUCACUUGUACAGCAGGCUGGUCCGGCUGCUAGUUAGCAUUUCAGACAUCAGUCAGACAUUACACGUUGCCUGCAGGAUGUAUACUAGUAUAAAUUCAGACCCCUGCUUUGAAUAUAUUUUAGAGAAACUGGAUUAUUGAAUUAUUCAUGUCCUCAACACAGGCUGUUCUUCGUUCAGUUGUGGUGCGGGGCUGAACCAAUAAAACAACUUCCCUGUU